CGCGAUACUUCCCAGAAAGCGAGAAAAAAAAAAGAAAUAUCCGAAGCUACGAUGCUAACCGCUUGUUAGCCUUGUGUACUGACAGAUUGGCGUGCAGCUAGAUGGAGGAGAAAACGGCAGGCUGUUAUUAAGACACUUCCUGCAGUCACCCCCCCCCCCAUCCUCCUCCUCAGGGUGGAGUUGAAGAUGUAGCCAAGAGUGAAGUGGAUCAUCUGUUCAGCCAGUAUCAGUGACUCCUCACUGCCACCCUCACUCUGGAGCACUCUGCCCCCUAACCAGGGCUGCCCAGUGCGUGACUCGGCCGUCCUCUGUCAGUCCGUCCCUGGUUGAAGACCCUGCUGUCCUCAGCCAUGCUGUUCUCCCUGAGGGAACUGGUCCAGUGGCUGGGCUUUGCCACCUUCGAACUCUUCCUCCACCUGCUAGCUUUGCUGGUCUUCAGCAUGCUGGUUGCUCUGCGAGCCGACAUGUUCACCCCCACCCUGAGCUGGUGGCUAGUGUUCGUCCCACUGUUUGCUGCCGACGGCCUCAGCACCUACUUCACUGCCAUCGUGUCCAUCCGUCUUUACCAAGAGAACGAGAAGCGUCUCGCGGUGCUGCGGCUCCUCUGGGUGCUGACGGUGCUCAGCCUGAAGCUGGUGUGCGAGGUGCUGCUGUGCCAGAAGCUGGCGGAGCAGGAGCAAGCCAGAGACCUGUGGUUCGGCCUCAUCGUCUCGCCGCUGUUCAUCCUGCUGCAGCUGCUGAUGAUACGAGCAUGCCGCGUCAACUGAGGAGAGGCAGCCAGUGGUUGUGCUACCACGUUGCCGACGACGCGGGAACAGAGAGCAAUCUUCAUCUGCCAUUAGAGAUUUAAAGCAUAACGGUGGUAUCACUUUUCUUUUGGCUCGUUGCCACCUUUUUUUUGUACAAAAUCAAAAAAGCAAUUGAGAGAUUUUCAUGCACAUGUUCCAGGUCUCACCAGAAUCCAGUUUUCUAUCAUUUGUGUUCCUAAUAGCCUCAAAAUAAGCACUGCUUGCUUGCGUUGUAAUGCAGUAUUUCACGAAACUGAAGCAGACAAUCUAUUCUGUGUGUUGCUAAAUUAUAAAAUACACUGGAUAGCCAAAAGUAUGUGGAGACCUCUGUCUAUUCGACCCUUUGGUUACAAUGGAGGUAAAUCUUAGUGAUAUAUUAGAAAACCGUUUGGGGAAGCUCUUGUUUCGACAUGACAGGGCCUUCCUGAACAAAGCCAGGUCCGCUGGCGUGGAAGAACAAGACCUGCACAGAGCCUUCACCUCGCUCAGCCCCAUGCAACACCUUGGGAUGAACUGAAACACCGACUGUGAGCCAGGUCUGAUCAACACAAGUGUUUGACCUCACCAAUGCUCUUGUGGCUGAAUGGGAACAAAUCCCUGCAGUCAGGUUCUAAAGAGUGGGCGCUGUUAUAGCAGCAUGGUUUGGGAACAAUCAUACAAGAGAAUAAUAGGUAGACUACAUACUUAAUGGCACCUGUUGCUACAGUGAUCCUUUAGUUAGAGCUGAGGACUGAAUGGAAGUAGAUUGUAACUAGAUAAUAAAUACCACUGAAGUCCUCAUUAUUCUGAGCCCCCUUUUCAUCAGGAUGGAUUAUGGUUGUACAUUUUUGAUACUUUUAGGAAUACAAAGAGUCAGAGCAGUAAGUGUGUGCUUUGGACAUGGUGUGCCUUUUUACAUUGUGCAAUCAGUGGUAGACAAUGAGCCACGAGGAAAAUUUAUACCAGAGUUAUGUUUUAAUGCACAUGUGCACACACAACACGUGUAGAUUUAAUAAACGGGUGAAACUAAGAGGCUGUAAUGCCCUAAGCACCUUUUUUGUGCAACUGUCAUGGGUAACGGGGCUUAGGGAGUUGCUACUGCGGCUUUGUUGCUUUUCCCCCCAGAGGAAGACAUUGCUUGCCAGCACAAUUUGAUUAGGUUUAUUAUCUUCUGUCUCACUUUGUUGCCUGUUGCUGGGAGUGUUGCUCACACAGUUCCCCCUCCCCCACAAGCUGCCUGGCUUGUCAAUUCCAUCAGUGAGAGAACGAUCUGAGCAGCAAGAAGCUGGUUCUGAAACUUGCUGUCAGCUCACAGUCUCACCAUAAUGCAGAGGAACUGAAUGUGAUCUGUACAAGCAGUCAGCUGUGUGCACACGUCUUCCCUGAAUAUUGCUGUUUACUUGUACAAUAUGUAAUGUAUUUGGUAUGUGUUCGAUCCUACCUUGUGUAUGUACUGCAUGUAUUUAAGGCCUCAUUUUAAGGUAAUUCCCGAUGUGAAAUUCCGUGUAUUAUGUAUAUGUUGAUUUUUGGAAAGAAAUUCACCACAUUUUAUUUAUGUUCUUAUGUUUUUGUUAUGGCACCCUUAUUGUCGUGUAUAUACAUGUAAAUAAACCAUCAACA